ACAAGAUGUCGUUGUUGACUGUAGCCAAGUAUGCCGGGGUCGGCCUUAGCAAGAUUGGAGCUCCUGCCAUGUCCAGUGCAGCAAACUCAUUCAAGCAAACCCUGCUCAAUGUUCCUUCCACGGAGGUGACAGUGCUUGAGAAUGGUAUGCGUGUUGCGAGCGAGGAUAGCUGUGCACCAACAGCAACUGUUGGUCUGUGGAUUGAUACUGGUUCAAGGUACGAGAAUGCAUCUAACAACGGUGUUGCACACUUCUUGGAGCACAUGGCCUUCAAGGGAACCUCCAAAAGGUCCCAGACCGACCUUGAGCUUGAGGUCGAAAAUAUGGGUGCACACCUCAAUGCCUACACCUCCAGGGAACAGACCGUGUUCUACGCCAAGUGCUUAUCCGAGGACCUGGAGCACGCCGUAGAGAUCCUCUCUGAUAUCCUGACCAACUCAACCUUCGGGGAGCAGGAGAUCGAGAGGGAGAGAGGAGUCAUACUCAGGGAGAUGCAGGAGGUUGAGAUGAACCUGCAGGAGGUUGUGUUUGAUCAUCUGCACGCUGUAGCCUAUCAGGGAACCCCUCUCGGUAGAACUAUUCUAGGACCCGCAAAGAAUAUAAAAUCCAUCAACAGGAAUGACCUGACCCACUACAUCAGCACCCACUACAAGGGCCCUAGGAUGGUGCUGGCUGGAGCUGGAGGAGUUGAUCACGGCAAGCUCUGCUCCCUCGCGGAGAAGUACUUCGCCAAGAUCGGAACUGAUUACAAACACGAGAUCCCUCUUGGACAAAAUUGCAGAUAUACUGGCUCUGAUGUCCGUGUCCGUGAUGACGGUAUGCCCCUCGCCCAUGUUGCCAUUGCAGUUGAAGGAUGUGGCUGGAGCAACCCUGACAAUAUUCCCUUGAUGGUUGCCAACACCCUGAUCGGGAACUGGGACAGGAGCAUGGGUGGUGGUGCUAACAACUCCUCCCCCCUCGCCAAGUACUGCCACGAGAAGGGAUUCGCCCACUCUUUCCAGUCCUUCAACACUUGUUAUAAGGAUACUGGAUUGUGGGGAAUCUACUUCGUAACUGACUCUGUGAACCAGGAGAACAUGAUCUACAAUAUCUCGCAUGAAUGGAUGCGUCUUUGCAAUAAUGUCACCGACUUCGAGGUUGAGCGUGCUAAGAACCUGCUGAAGACAAAUAUGCUUCUCCAGCUUGACGGAACUACCCCUGUCUGUGAGGAUAUCGGUAGACAGAUGCUUUGCUACGGCAGAAGAAUGCCCCAGCACGAACUUGAGGCUAGGAUCGAUGCUGUAGAUGCUCAGCUCGUUAGAGAUACAUGCUACAAGUAUAUUUAUGACAGGUGCCCCGCCGUAGCCGCAGUUGGGCCCAUUGAGAACCUUCCCGACUACAACAGAAUCAGAUCAUCUCUCUACUGGCUUAGAGUUUAAUUUAAACAUCAACCAAAUUAUUUAAAAAUUAAUAAAUCUGUUGGAUUGACGGGAAAACAUCUGCACUUGUUCACUGAGAAACUAUUAUCUGACAUUCAUUGCUCUGCCGAGAUCGGAGCAAACCCUUUCUUUUUCUGAAAUCCUAGAUUUUAAAUUUAAUGUUAUGACUCUACAAGAAAAAUCUAGUUCCGUGUACAUAUUUCAAUAAAGAUUUAAAACUA